AAAACGACAUCACAUUACCAGGAAGUGUUUAUUUUGAUCUGCAGAUCCUGCAAAAAAAUCUCUCUGUCAUAUUAUGAGGAUUGUGGUAAUUUGCUUUCAGAGAAGAUAAAGCAGUAGGCUACAACACUGGAUUUUAACAAACCUGAUCUGAAAACAUUUAACAAAGAUUUUGGGAGGGGCAAAAACUUAAAACUAAAUUACUGCAUGUUGUACUCAGUGAAAGAUCUUCUCGUCGGUGGAAGUCUUAAACGAAGAAGAAAACAUUAUUGAAUAUAAUAACAACCAUUUUCAAAGACAGGAACACAGGUUUUUUCUCCUUUUUUCAGCAAUGGGCAACAAUGUGUCUGCUCUAAGAGACCAUGGCUACACAUUAGUUAGUGAAGCAAAGAACAAGAUCCUGGUGAAAAAUGAAGGUGGUGACCAGUUUGUCAUUAAAAAGUUAAGCGCUAACCAGGAUGAAUUAAAUUUUCUCCUCCAGCUCAGUCAUCCACACAUUGUCCAUCAUAAGGAAAUCAUCACAGAUUCAGACUGUUUGUAUCUUCUGCUGGAGCACUGCGAAGGUGGAGAUCUUGCACAGAAAAUCAAAAACAAAAAGGAGGGAACAGAUCAAUUUUCUGAGAAUGAGAUUCUGGACUGGAUUGUGAAGAUCUGCAUGGCUUUGAAAUACCUGCAUGAUCAACAGAUCCUGCAUAAAAACCUGCAGCCUGAGAGCAUAUUCUUCACUUCAUUUGAAACCAUCCGUCUUGGCGAGUUUGGAGUAAUUCAUCAAAGGUCCACUGAAGAGCCAAUAGCAGAAAAUAAACCUUCAUAUGUUGCACCUGAGAUUUUGAAUGGCAAACCCUAUGAGGAGAAAACUGAAAUAUGGAGAUUGGGAUGUGUCAUCUAUGAGUUGUGCAUGCUCAAGUGUGCGUUUCCUGCAAUACUCUCAGUUGAGAUUGUUCAAAACAUACUCACAUCCUCUUAUGAAGCUCUUCCUCUGACCUUCUCUGAGGAUCUUCGUCAGCUGAUAAGAGACACACUUCACCCAGAUCCAGCAUGCCGUCCAUCAGUCAGCGAGAUCUUGACCAGACCUUUUAUUAUUAAUUAUCUUCGCGAAAAGAACUUGCAAACUAUUAAGACUCUUUAUAGGACACUGGAGGACCUAAGAGCCCUAGCUAAUGAUUUGGAAAGAGUCCAUUUCAACACAACUGUAGGCAGUCUCACGGGAGGUGUAAUGGGAUUGGCUGGAGGAAUCACAUCUGUGGUGGGACUUAUUCUCUCUCCGUUCACUCUUGGAGCGUCUCUGAUAGUAACAGGAGUGGGAAUCGGCACGGCAGUAGCUGGAGGAGUAACUGCUGGUACCUGCAACAUAACAAACAUGGUUAACCAGCGCACAAACCGGCAAAAGAUCAAAAUGCUCAUAAAAGAAUUCCAAGAAAAGAUUACCUCCACAGUUUGCUGCAUCCAAAACAUCCAAAUAGCUGCGGAAACUUUAGAAAGACAGUUUUCCACAAGCGAUGAUGCAUUUUCCAACGCACAACCAGGAGCAAAUGUUGGAGCUCGACUUGGACGAGGACUGGGAGGAAUUCCGGAGAUUUUCCGUGUAAUUGAAGUUGUAAAUGUUGGGAAGGUGGCAGCCCAGGCCGCAAGAGCCGUUCGUGUGGCUGAAGCGGCCACAGGAGUUUUGGCUGCACUUUUUGUAGCUGUUGAUGUCUUCUUUGUGUUUCUCGACUCUAGAGAAAUCCACAACAUCCGCCAAGAUUAUGCUUUAAGAGAGAGUCGACAAGCAUCAGCAUCCACCAGCAACCAAAGCACAGAGUCGACUGACGAGACAUCAAAUAACAGCGACACAACAAAUCUACUGCCUUCAAACACUCAACAGGCAGAAGAGCUGAAGUCUGAGACCAUGAAAUUUGUCACAAAAAUAAAGGAGACGACAGAGGAGCUUCAGACAAUUCUGGAUACACUACGAGACGCAAUGCACCCAAACAAUGACAACUAAGAAUUGUUAGUAUAGCUGGGUAUGCUUUUCAGUCAUAGAUUGAUUAUAGUUGUAGCAACGGUUAGGGGAUAAUUGCUGUAUAUACUGGGUUUGCGUGAAAAAUCCAUAUAAAAUAUUUUAUUUCGCUAAGCAAUAUUGCUUAGAAAAACUUUAUGAGAAGCUAUAACAGAUGUAUUUCAGCUUGAUGUACUCCUAUUUAAUUAUGUUAAGAAUGGGACUUCUUGCCUUUAUUUCCUUAAUGUUUAGGAAAUCAGAAAACAUGAGCACCUUUUCCUGUUUUUUAUAUGUGUUUGGCUGCUUAAUGUAAUUUUCUUUCACUUGUACUAAAAUAAAUGUAUCACCAAAAUGCAAA